AGCAAGUUGCCUGCUAUUUGGGUUUACCUAUGUGCAUGUGUCAACCGAAUGAUUCGCAGUAGGCCCGGGGCAUCAGGAUACAGGGGGAAGUGUUGAUGCAGUGGCUGCCUGGAUUUCUGUCUUCAGGAUAAAGAAAAAAGUAUUCAAAGGGACUUUAAUAGUAGUGUUAUUGUUUCUAAUCCGUUUAAGUCAACUGUGGAUAGUCUGCAGUACUCAAAUGCAAUUCGACAAGAAAAUCGGAAACAUGGACAUUAUAAACGUAUAUGUCUGGCCUAAUGUGCAGACUACAUUGGUCGGCACAGUUGUAUUCCUGUUGGUGAUGACAUAUAUCUACGACGGAAAAGAUACAGACUGCCGCCAGGUCCUCCACAGCUACCAAUAUUGGGGAAUUACUUUGCCUUUUCGAAAGAUGCAAGACUGUUCACGGUUUUCGCAGAAAUGGAAAAGAAAUAUGGAGAAAUAUUCACAGUAAAUAUAGGUUUUGGACAUAACUGCAUUGUGGUGAGCUCAGUUGAUUUGGUGAAUGAGUUAUUGGUGGAAAAGUCAAAGGAAUUUGCCGGCAGGGAUACAUCUCUUUGGUCGCUUUAUCUAAUAUCCGGUGGAUACAAGGAUCUUUUAUUUGAUGAUUAUGGCCCCGUAUGGACAGUACAGAAAAAGAUGGCAGUGAAAGUCCUCAGUUAUGAAAUCGACGAUCCAGAAUUCGUGUGGCUAAGAGAAAAGUUUGCAGAAAAUAUGACCGUUUUAUUUGGAAGUCGUCUGCCUGCUGACCUCAUCCCAUUUCUUAAGCACGUCCCUAUUCCGUCAACCCUCAGAGCAAAGAAAAUUUCCCGUGAGUUGCAUGAUUUUCAUAGGCGAAAGUUAAAGGAACACAAAGCUACUCUCAAUUCAGGUAGGGGUGGAUUUCAUUUGCUAUUAUUCAUUUAGACAUUCUGUUAAUGCAAUUUAUUCACACAUGCAUGUUAUUAAAUGAUGCAUAUCGAUUUUCUUUUAAAUUUUUGUAUGUCAAAAAAUGCAUUACCAAAAUAUUUAUACCGAAUGUUGUUACGUGUAUAAUAAGCUAUUUAUUCUGAUAUUAUAUAC